UCACCUUUCACUCCUUGUACAGAGAGGUUAACCCCUAAUAGAUGUGGUUUGCUCCUCCAAAUUACAACUCAUACGCUUUUUGAGGACUGAGAUUUGGAAACUAUGGCUGUAGUACAGGAACUUUUCCAGAUUCCCAGUGUGGUCACCCUGCUUGUUUCUGUACUGGUGCUUUUGAUCCUGUAUCUGCUGAUCGACACACAAAUCCGAGGAAAGGAGCCCCCAGGACCCAGACCUCUGCCUCUUCUGGGAAACCUACUGCAACUGGAUCUCAAGAGGCUCCAUCUGUGCCUCUUCCAGCUAUCUCAGAAGUAUGGGCCUGUCUCCACCAUUCACUUUGGCCCAAAGAAAACUGUGGUUCUUGCAGGCUAUAAGGCAGUGAAAGAAGCUCUCAUCAAUUUUGCAGAAGAAUUUGGGGACCGGGACAUAACGCCUAUAUUCAAAGAUUUUUCAAAAGGGCACGGCAUCGUGUUUGCCAAUGGAAACUCAUGGAAGGAGAUGAGGCGCUUUGCUCUGUCCACCCUUCGUGACUUUGGGAUGGGAAAACGAGGGAUUGAGGACAAAAUUAUUGAAGAGAUCCACUACAUGACAGAGGUGUUUGCAGACUUUACAGGCAAACCAUUUGACACCAGUGAAGCACUGAAUCACUCAGUCUCCAACAUCAUUUCUUCCAUCGUCUANGGCAACAGGUUUGAAUAUGACGACCCAGAGUUCCAGAAGAUGGUCUAUCUGGCAAAGCAACGUAACAAGCUCCUCGGGGCACCUGGCAUUAAUCUGUACAACAUGUUUCCAAGUCUGCGCCCUUGGCUGAAGGUAUGGACCUCCCUGAUGAACACUAGGGAGGAGAACAAUGAGCACCAGAGAGAACUUACAAGGAAACUUCAGAAAACUCUGAAUGCUGAGGACAAGAGAGGCUUUAUAGAUGCCUUCCUUCUGGUCAUUGGGGGUCGGCAGAUUCGAGUGGAGGACAGGAAGAACCUACCAUACACAGAUGCUGUGAUCCAUGAGAUACAGAGGAUGGGCAACAUAGUUCCUUUGAAUAUCCCACAUGUCACAACCUGUGACGUGGUCUUCCAGGGAUACCACAUCAGGAAGGGAACUGCUGUCAUUCCAUUGCUGACAUCUGUACUAAGAGAUGAGAGUGAAUGGGAGAGUCCCAAUACCUUCAACCCCGGCCACUUCCUGGAUGAUCAGGGUCGGUUCAAGAAGAGGGAUGCCUUCAUGCCCUUCUCUGCAGGACGCAGAGUAUGCCUUGGAGAGAGUCUGGCCAGGAUGGAGAUCUUCCUCUUCUUCACCUCGCUCCUGCUGAAGUUCAGGUUCACUCCACCUCCUAGGUUGUCUGAAUCUGAUCUGGACCUCACUCCAGCUGUUGGGUUGGUCUCCAACCCACCUUCACAUAAAUUGUGUGCUCUAAGCCGGGUUUGAAGCUCCUGAACUCUGAAGGUUUUUAUGGAGCUGAACUGUAUGAUGUCAUCUUUCACAUGGCUUGAAUAAUCAAUAACAAUAUCUAGCUGAGCUUUUUCAAUAUGAAGACAUUCUCGUAACUCGGGUCAUUUUGACUUGGACAGGGCCGAUACCACAUUACUAACUGCCACAUGUGACAUGUGACAUAACACCAAGGACCUGCAAGCUUGCUCUAUGCAUUCUUCCACAGUUCCCAGACUACCCAACAGCCAUGGACACUUCUCUCCCUGUCCCUGCAAACCGGCAGCUGUGCUGCAGCCCUCCCCAGCCCAGAGCAUAUCACUGAUGGCCUGUAGCAACACAUUCAGUUAUAACGCGCGGCUGUUCAUCCACCCUCCUCUCCUCCUGACCAGCUCCUCUUUUCGGUUGAGUCACUUGAUUGCAGAUUCCUGGCAAGGCUGUUGAUAUCCUCUCCCAAACCAAAUACAUAAAACGCUAUGGCUCCAGUAUAACAACACUCCACAGCUGUGUUGUUCCUGCCAACUAUGACAAAGUAGUAAUGUGGUAUAAUUAUCAUACAACUACAUCACUCCCAUCACAAUGGUAAAUCUAGCCUAGUCAUUACACAAGCACUCAUAGUAAACAGGUACAUCACUGUUUCAAACCAUAAGUCUGCCUUCAAACACCACAUAUGCUGGAACCCAGAAAUAUACACCAUUAAAAUGAUCAUAUGGCAAUUGUGAGAUGAGAAGAAACAGCGGAUGUGUCUGAAUUCAGGUGCUGCACUCUUCAAAGGACGCGGUCUAUGAAGGAGUAGCCUUUGUAGGCUGCGGUCAUCAAAGGUCAAACAGAAAGGGCUGUCAAAUGGGACUGUCUGGCCGACGGAUCAUUUCCUGUUUGCGUCGCCAGCUGUUCCCGCCCUUAUCCUUGAAUCAGGAAGCGUCGCUCCCAUUGCUUGCCUUCUAUACCUUUACGCAUUUCUAGACCGCAUUUGAAGGAGCCUCGUCACACCGCUGUGAUGCAGCCCCUGAAUUUGGACAUAGCUAGUGACACCACUGCAAUGGAUUAUAUUCCCAGAUUGCAGUUGAUUCCGGGCUGGAUCUGUCUCCAGUCGGCAUAAUUUUUUAUAUUUAUAUCUGGGGGCUUGAUCUCCUGGUUAGAAAUUCAGUCCCACUCCAGCCCUGACUACUUUGCUCCUUUUACUUCACUUGCUCCAAGUCAGAGAUUUAAUUCAGGAUGUCAGUCAAAACAAUGAACCUCUUUUUUGAAACUCUCACAGAUUUUCAGCUUCACAGGUUAUGAUUAAAAGAAAUAUUAUCAUAUGACAUUUAGUAUUAAACAUUGCAGACUGAA